UAUAGUUCGAUAUUUCUGUUAUUAUAAACCAGAAUAUAAUACCUGUGCAUAGAACACAAUAUGGGUAAAGCCAAAAAGACGAGAAAGAUUUCCGUGAAAAGGAUGGUCAAGGCCGAUGACCAGAGAAUCAAGAAAAAUCAAGAUAAAACAAAAGAGCCCGAGGAAGACAAAGAAUUGAUUAGAUCUGUGCCUCAAGUCUCUUCUGCCUUGUUUUUUCAGUAUAACCAGUCUAUCAAACCUCCAUAUCAAAUUAUAAUCGAUACAAAUUUUUUUAAUUUUAGUAUUCAGAAGAAAAUAGACAUCGUGAGAGGAAUGAUGGAUUGCUUGCUUGCCAAAUGUAUACCCAUGGUGACGGAUUGUGUUUUAGCAGAGUUAGAAAAACUAGGGCACAGAUACAGGAUAGCACUCACUUUGGCUAAGGAUCCAAGAAUUCAGCGACUUAAGUGCUCGCACAAAGGUACUUAUGCUGAUGACUGUAUAGUCAGUAGGGUCAUUCAAAAUAAAUGUUACAUAGUGGCCACAAAUGAUGCAGAUUUGAAAAGGAGAAUAAGAAAGGUUCCUGGUAUUCCCGUAAUGAGUGUCGGAGGGCAUUCAUAUCUUAUCGAAAGACUACCGGACGUGUUUUAAUCGUGGCAAUAUACCACAUCAAUCAUGAAUCAGGGAUCGUUAAAACUUGGAAUAAAAUCUGCAAAAAAGAAAUUAAAUAGCUAUGUAUACAUUUAAGUAUAAAAAGUCGCAUGACUACCACUUAUAGGGCUUGUCAGGGCAAUGGCCCUUCCAAAGUGAAUUUCUCAUUUUCCUGCAUACUAUUUCUAUAGUAAGAAAGAAAGUGAGAUCGAGAAUCAUGCCGGCGCUAACAUUUGAGGCUCGACUGCGAAAGACGAUAGACAUGCGCCUUCGAGCUCUGGUGUAACUAACUACUCUGCUAGGGCC